GCGAGCGCAGGCGGGCAGCAGGCAGCAGGCAGCAGGCAGCCUGGUCCCCGCGUCCGUCUCGACCCGACCCGACCCGACCCGACCCACAGCCGCCCGCAAGCCUCGUCCGCGGGGCAUGGCCUGUCUGAUGGCCGCUUUCUCGGUCGGCACCGCCACGAAUGCCAGCAGCUACUCCGCAGAGAUGACGGAGCCCAAGUCGGUGUGCGUGUCGGUGGAUGAGGUGGUGUCCGGCAACCUGGAACCCGGUGAGACGGACCUGCUCAACGGGCACCUGAAGAAGGUGGAGAAUGCGCCCCCCGAGGCCCAGCGUUUCUCUUCGCUGCCCCGGCGAGCGGCCGUCAACAUCGAGUUCAAGGAUCUCUCCUACUCAGUUCCCGAGGGGCCCUGGUGGAGGAAGAAAGGCUACAAGACGCUUCUGAAGGGCAUCUCCGGCAAAUUCAACAGUGGGGAGUUGGUGGCUAUCAUGGGCCCCUCGGGGGCGGGCAAGUCCACGCUCAUGAACAUUCUGGCUGGAUACAGGGAGACGGGCAUGAAGGGCACCGUGCUCAUAAACGGUCAGCCCCGGGACCUGCGCUGCUUCCGGAAGGUGUCCUGCUACAUCAUGCAGGAUGACAUGCUGCUGCCGCACCUCACUGUGCAGGAGGCCAUGAUGGUGUCAGCACAUCUGAAACUGCAGGAGAAGGACGAAGGCAGGAAGGAGAUGGUCAAGGAGAUUCUGACAGCGCUGGGCUUGCUGGCCUGUGCCCACACGCGGACAGGCAGCCUGUCGGGUGGACAGCGGAAGCGCCUGGCCAUCGCUCUGGAGCUGGUGAACAAUCCUCCGGUCAUGUUCUUUGAUGAGCCCACCAGCGGCCUGGACAGCGCCUCCUGCUUCCAGGUGGUGUCGCUGAUGAAGGGGCUGGCACAGGGCGGCCGCUCCAUCAUCUGUACCAUCCACCAGCCCAGCGCCAAACUCUUCGAGCUCUUCGACCAGCUUUAUGUCCUCAGCCAAGGACAAUGUGUUUACCGGGGGAAAGUCUCCAACCUUGUACCGUACUUGAGAGAGUUAGGUCUGAGCUGCCCGACGUACCACAACCCUGCUGACUUUGUCAUGGAGGUGGCCUCGGGAGAAUACGGCGACCAGAGCACGCGGCUGGUGCGCGCUGUCCGCGAUGGCCUGUGCGACUCGGACUACAAGAGGGACCUCACAGGCGAUGCUGACGUGAACCCCUUUCUCUGGCACCGGCCCUCGGAUGAGGACGCCGCGUCCAUGGAGAGCUGCCACAGCUUCUCGGCCAGCUGCCUCACGCAGUUCUGCAUCCUCUUCAAGAGAACCUUCCUCAGCAUCAUGCGGGACUCGGUCCUGACCCACCUGCGCAUCACGUCGCACAUCGGCAUAGGGCUGCUCAUCGGGCUGCUCUACCUGGGCAUCGGCAACGAGGCCAAGAAGGUGCUGAGCAACUCGGGCUUCCUCUUCUUCUCCAUGCUCUUCCUCAUGUUCGCCGCGCUCAUGCCCACCGUGCUCACCUUUCCCCUGGAGAUGGGCGUGUUUCUCCGGGAGCACCUGAAUUACUGGUACAGCCUCAAGGCAUACUACCUGGCCAAGACCAUGGCGGAUGUGCCCUUCCAGGUCAUGUUCCCCGUGGCCUACUGCAGCAUCGUGUACUGGAUGACGGCGCAGCCCUCGGACGCGGUGCGCUUCGUGCUGUUCGCCGCACUGGGCACCAUGACAUCGCUGGUGGCGCAGUCCCUGGGGCUGCUCAUCGGGGCGGCAUCCACGUCCCUGCAGGUGGCCACCUUCGUGGGCCCCGUGACGGCCAUCCCAGUGCUGCUGUUCUCCGGCUUCUUCGUCAGCUUCGACACCAUCCCCACCUACCUGCAGUGGAUGUCCUACAUCUCCUAUGUCAGGUAUGGGUUCGAGGGCGUCAUCCUGUCCAUCUACGGGCUGGACCGCGAGGACCUGCAUUGCGACAUCGCCGACACCUGCCACUUCCAGAAGUCGGCGGACAUCCUGCGGGAGCUGGACGUGGAGAACGCCAAGCUCUACCUGGACUUCCUCGUGCUUGGGGUCUUCUUCGUGUCCCUGCGCCUCAUUGCCUACUUCGUGCUGCGCUACAAGAUCCGAGCCGAGAGGUAGAGGCGCCGCCCGGUGCAGAGAAGGACUAAGUGGCCCGGGGGGCCGUGAUGAAAGUUUCUGGAAUCCCGGUGGCUGGCCUGUGCCCGGCCCCUGCCUGACUCUGACAGCAGCCGCACUUCCACGCGGCCUUUUUGUGGCUCUGUGGCGGGCCUGGGGGCUCCUCCUCGUAUCCUGAUUUUCCUGGGAAGACGCACUGAGAAAGGAGGUUUCCUCUACCUGGGGAACAGCACAGGGGACAAGUCACGCUCAGAGCCGCUGGGUCCAGGCGCCUUGUCCAGCUGUGGACCAGAUGGAUGCCUGGGAGAGGCCCAGCCAUGUUGUCACUGGGUCAGUCCUGGGGCUGGUCCCAGACCCACUGGCCCUUUUUGUCUUCUGGCCACUGAGCGUCUCGUUCAAUAAGGGACAUUUUGGACGGGGGAGAUUUGCCCCUGCACUCCGCCUGCAGGAUAUGUCAGCCGGACCCGGGUGUGCCCCAAGAUAAGACCGU